AUGUCGUCUGACGAGGUUGUACGCGGGAUAUCUGUCAUCCUCGCUACGUAUAACGAGAAAGAUAACCUGCCUUAUAUCAUUUAUAUGCUAUUAGAUGUGCUUCGUACCCAAGAUGUUGACUACGAAAUUCUAUUGGUUGAUGACAACAGCCCUGAUGGAACCGCUGAUGUGUACGCUCAUCUACAAGCUCUAUAUCCAUCCGCCCCGUUAAAGGCGCUUCUCCGCCGUAACAAAAUGGGUCUCGGCUCUGCUUACAUGGAUGGCCUCAGAUACACUAGAUAUGAUUUCAUUUUGAUACUGGAUGCAGACCUUUCACACCACCCAAAGUACAUUGAACAAAUGAUCAAACUUCAACGUACUGGCAAUUAUGAUAUCGUCAGUGGUACACGUUACGCACCUGGUGGUGGAGCAAGUGGUUGGAGUUUGAAGAGGAUCAUUUUCAGCAACACUGCCAACAUCCUGGCACGACUUCUCCUAAGACCAAUAUUAUCAGACCUGACGGGAUCCUUUAGGUUAUAUCGCAGGACAUUGUUUGAAACUGUAUUGCGCGAUAUUGAAUCUAAAGGUUACACGUUUCAAAUGGAAAUUGCAUUGCGUGCCGAGAAGCAAUUAAACGCCCGCAUCGCAGAGGUACCUAUAAUAUUCCUGGAACGCAUAUACGGCUCAUCAAAACUCGGGUUGAUGGAAAUUUUCGGCUUCCUGAAAGGACUGUUUAGAAUGUUCUGGAUUCUUUAG